UCCUUUCUUUCCCUCGCUAGCUCCACCGAUCUAGAUCCCUCCCCUCCUCCACUCCUCUCCCCGAUAUAGAUCCUUCCGCCGCCGCCCCGUCCUCCCCUUCCUUUCGUCGCCCACCUCUCCCCUCGCCUCCGCCACCCACCUCUCCCCCUCCCACAUCGCCGCCGCUGCCACACACUGCCAAUCCCCUCACUCCACCACGCCUUCUUCCUGUCCCGAUUGUCGGAUGGGCAUCGACACGGCCAGCGUCAAGAUGUCCAUGAACCCCUUCUGCGAGAUUGCCGUGGAGGAGGAGUUGCGGCUCCGCGAGGCCGGCGCCGCCUCCGAGGACAUUGCCGCACAGUCAGUCCCGCGUAGGCCGCCGACAUGCUCCGCACCACGCUCGCCAUGGGUGCCGACCGCGCCGUCCACAUCCUCCACAACCCCGGCCCCGCCCGCCCGCUCCUCCCGCUCGCCGUCGCCAAGAUCCUCCGUGCCCUCGCGCUCCAGGAGACCCCCGGCCUCCUCAUCCUCGGCAAGCAGAAUGCUCCCUCCAGGUGAAGUCGCCCACCGCAGCGCCAGGGGAUUCGUCUCCGAGGACGAGUUCCUCUCCAUCCCGGAGUUCUCCACCAACCGGCUCUCCCAAAGGUUGCUACAUAUGGUUGAUGGAUUGAACUUCAAGGAAUUUAUUUCUUUUCUCUCUACCUUCAGCGCAAGGGCCAGCCUUCAGCAAAAGAUUGAGUUGAUAUUUAAGGUGUAUGGCAUUGAUGGCAAGGGGAAAGUAUCCUUCAAGGACCUGGGAGAGGUUUCACGGGACCUAACAGGCUCAUCCAUGUCAGAGAAACAAAGAGAGGUCAGGCUCACGUUUCCCCUCCUGCCCGCCGACGCACUGCUUUUGCAAACAGAAAUGAAGCGUCAAUGAUAUGAACCACAACAACAAUUGUCAGAGCGCCAUGGACCCCAGAAGGGACGCAGCUGCUGGCUCUGCGCCAAAGAGAGCCAUGCAUGCGCCAUUGGUUUUGUCGUCUACCGCUCCUCCCCGUGUUCCAGAGUACUCGCUUGUUGCUUCAUUGAAUUGCUUGGCUGGUGCUCGCAAUUGCGUGGUUUGGUUUCGUUUGACUUAGCACUGAAUCCCUCAAUUUACCAUUCAGUGAACAAUCCUCUCAUGGUAUUUGUCUACACUAGAUUACUCCUACUGUGAUGAUGAUGUGUCUGAUGAUAGACACCUUGCAACUAGCCACACAUGUACUGAUAGUUUAUUGUGAUUAUUACUGUACCAUGAGUCAUUCAACACUUGAAGGCACUGAACUACUAUUCUGUAUUUUAUAAUAUGUUCCUGUUAUGCAUGACAUAGGCUUGAUGAAAUCUUAGUCUUUUAAUCACAAUAACAUGGCAGUAACAUGUUAUCACCCUGGAUGAAGAAAAUCAUAUGUAAUGAGUUCUUUAAUGUUAAAUUACCUCAAUUGUCAAGCACUGUUUGUUUUUGUAUACAUUUGCUGCUAUCAAUCGACUACAGUAGUCAUUUGGAUGCUUGGGGCUUGCAUAUAUUCUACUGCACUUGAAACAUCAAGACGUAUUUUUCCUUGUUUUGGGAACAAUUGGUGAACUUCACAUUCCUGAAUAUAUGCAUUACUAUUCGGUAUAGGUCUAGGCUACUCUUCGUAUUUUACAACUCCUUAUCAUGCCCCUCUAAUAUUUCUAUAGGUGGCCAUGAACUCAAUAAAUCAUCAGGAAAUGCCUUUGCUGCAGCUCACCUAUGGCCUUGUUUGUCCUGCAGGUUAGUGAGCAACAUUAGGAGGAGGAGCUCAAGCAGGACACCAUGAUGCACCACUGCAGCAGCAGAUUUGGAAGCUGGGAAUCUGGGGAAUCUGGGGAAUGCGAAGUUGAAGAGAGCUGGAGUAUAUAGACUGUGAUUACCAUUCUAUUGUGUUAUAUUAUGAUGUAACAUGAUGAUUCUGCUAUUUUGUCUUUGUUGUAUGAUGUAUCAAACUGAUUCUGGCUGUUAUGUGAAGUACUACGUGUGUUCUCUAA